AUCAGUACUAUUGUCAAAUUGUCGAGUAUUGCCAAAAAUUUUGACUCGUGUUAAGGUCGCUGCCUGCCACUUUCGUGCAGUAAUUGGAUUGUUCAAGGAAAUAUAUGACAUUGCUGUGAUGCGAUUGUAUCUCUCAUUAUUCCGUAUAUAUUGCCUUGUUCUAUGUUGACUCUUUCGAACAAAUUAAAAUGGAAACCAACAUUCAUCGAAACUCGAAAUAGUUUUGUAUUUUGGAUCAAGAACAUAACCGACCUAAAGAAAGAGGUUGGAGAUCUGCAGAAAAUUCGUUUUCAAAAAAGUGAAUUACCUUGCUGUCCACUCGUUGUGAUCGUUGGCUCAGAAUUGACAAAUUUGAACUUCUUCAUUGUGUGCUUCGGUGAUGCAUAUUAUCAGCUUCCGACUUUUCUCAAAGCUGUAGACAUAUGUUUUAAAAUAUUUAAGACGUAUGGACUUCCGUUCCCGCGUGAAUCUGUUGGUCCGUGGAAUUUACUAAAUCACAUUGUUUACGGAUUUCCACUAGAAGGCGAAAAUCGUGCAAGAAUUCUUACUAUUCACAGUCAAAUUCGCAGACAACAUGUAUCGUUGUCCAACACCUAAGUGCCAAUGGUCAUCAUCUACUUCAACUCAUUAUUACCUUCAUGUAAAGCGAAUGCACGACACUGAUCUGGGUUAUUUAUGCUUAAAUAGUAAUUGUCAUCGACGGUUGACAUCCAUAAAUAGUUUGCGUAAGCAUCUUAAAAAUUGUUCCGAGAAUUAUGAACGAGCAAUAAACAACGAAUCUAUAACAUCAAAACAAGAACAAACGUCUCAACUUUCUGUGGACCAAGUGUGUAUAGAAAAUCAAAAUUUGGAAACAUUGGAAAUAUCAAUACGACUUGUGAUUUGUCUGUAAUAAUAGACGAUGUAAGAAAAAUACAUCUGAAUAUGAUGCUGAAGUGGUUAUGUAAUGAUGCAAUGCCACGAAAGGUGGCUCUCGAAAUUAACAAUGACAUAAAAAAAAAAGCGUAAUUGAUCCCCUCUGUAAUGCAAUUAAUUUCAUUCACGCUCGUGGAAUGGUAUCCGAUACUUGCAAGCAAACGAUAGAUACCAUUUUUGAUUCCUACAAUGAAUGCUCAGAGUAUAAAUGCAUACAACAACUCAAAAAAAGAAAUUUUUACCAAGAUCCAAUUACGUUCAAAUUAUGCGGAGAACCCAAUUCAACGAUAACUGAUUCAUCUUCACAAAUCGAAUCCGACAAUGUUUAUGGCGUGUUGAUGCCGAUUAAAUUUAUGCUGAGAAAAUAUUUCGAAUCGGAUGGCAUGAUGGACAUGGUCUUGAAAAGCUUGAAGUUUUCUACGAAUGGAGUGUUUCGGUCUUUGAUUGAUGGUUCGAUUUGGCAAACGAGAACUUCAAAUAUGAGUUGCAAAACAGUCAUUCCGAUUAACAUUUUUUUUGACGAUUUCAACACAGGCGAUACCGCAUCUCAUCACGCUAAAACCACGUCAAUCUGUGCCAUAUACUUAAAUAUACCUUGUUUGCCGGAUUAUCUUCUGGGUAGAUUAAGCAAUAUUUUAACAGUAGGCUUUAUAAAAAGCCAAGAUAGAAAAAAGUAUUCAAAUGAACAUGUUUUAUAUAAAUUGAUAGAACAAUUGAUAGAUUUAGAAAAAGAAGGUCUAGAAAUUAGUCACAAUGGAACAAACAUUAAAGUUUUUGUAACACUCGGUUUUGUAUUAGGAGACAAUCUCGGUGUAAACGGAAUUCUAGAUUUCGUUGAAUGUUUCAGAGCAAAUUUCUUCUGUAGAGUUUGCAAGCGAAAUCGAACACAAACUGAAACUGAUUCAAGAGAAUAUCUUCAUACCUUAAGAACAUAUCAUAGUUAUGAGGAAGAUGUACAAAUUAAUUUGAUUUCCCAAACAGGAUUAAAAGGGCCGAGCGUUUUCAAUCGAAUUCCUUCUUUUCAUGUGACAUUCAACUUUGUAUUUGAUAUAAUGCAUGAUCUUUUCGAAGGAGUUUGUUUGUAUGACUUGCAGCACAUGAUGCAUUAUUUUAUUUAUACAAAACAUUAUUUCAAUGUUAAGGAAUUCAAUGAUCGAAAAAAUGGUUUUGAUUAUGGAGAUCAGAAUGCGGACAAUAUUAUUCAUGAUAUUCAAGAACAUAGAAUUAAAUCAAGAAAGCUUAAGUUCUCUGCAAACGAAACUAAAACAUUAAUAACUCUGUUGCCUCUAAUAAUAGGUAUACUUGUUCCAGAAAAAGACGCAGUGUGGCUACUACUUUGCACUUUGAUAAAAAUUGUGCACAUCUGCCUCCUAAGAGAAAUCCCGUUCGAACUAGUCAAUGAACUGAGGACGCUUAUAAAUGUUCAUCACGUUGAGUACGUAAAUUUAUUUCAAGACAAUUUGAAGCCAAAACACCAUAACUUGUUGCAUUAUCCAACGGCCAUACUUAAGGGUGGUGCUCUUCGCCGACACUGGUCCAUGCGGUUUGAAGCAAAACAUAAAUAAUCUAAAAUGUAUGGUCGAGUAAACAAUAACAAAACUAACACAUGCCUUUCAAUGGCUCUAAAGUCCGGUUUGAAGUUCGCUUAUAAUUUGAUCAAUCAAAAUUUUUUAUCUGAUGUUUUAGAGUUUGCGAUUUCUGAUCAGGCAUUGAAACCAUUUUCUAAGAAAAAUGAUUAUGUAGAUAUUGCUUUAUGUGAGCAAGCUGAUAAAAAUACAAUUAAAUAUUUAAAAAUGUUUAAGAAGCAAGGGUCUACUUAUAAAAUUGGCACUAUUUUUGUUGUACUGUUCAAUAGAAUGGUGAACGUAUAUAAGAUCGUUGAAAUUUUCGUUAAACACGAAAAGUUAUUCGUUUUAACUAAUCGUUUCUUAGUCGUGCGAUACAGUGAUCACUUUCAAUCAUACGAAGUUCAAAAAUCACGUUAUGAAGUCAUAACAAAUAUUGAGUCAUUUGAAUCAAAGCCAAUUAAUUUGCAUACUGUACAUCAAUCCUUAUAUUUAAGACUUUGCAAUUAUUAUGAAACAAACAGUAAUAUUGAGGGUCUACAAAUUCAUAGUAGUUCAUAGUAGUAAGAAAAUAAUUUAAGUGGUUAGUCACAUUUAGUGUAUUCGAGGUCUGCGAGAUAAUAUUGUUAUUUAGUCGUGCAUUUGUAAUCACCGUUGAACUGAAAAAAGGUGAACCAUGAAAUCAUCAAAUUUGAAUUAUUUUUUUAAGA